AAGGCGGUUUAGGUUUGACCUUAGGCGAUGCUUCGCUUAACUUGCACAUCCGCUUGGGAAGCUGUCACCCGCGCAGCUGUCACCUGUUGCUCCCGGCUGCGCGUGUCCAGCAGCCCUGCCCGCGUGCGCCCUAGGGCGCUCCAGACGCUGGAGACCCGCUGACGUUGGGGCCAGAGGACGGUCCACCAGCGGAAAACCUGAUGCGAGCUCCGUGAAGAUGAAUUUGCUGUAUGGUUUUUGUGAUAUCACUUGUAGCAGUUUGGGAACCUUCUUGAUUUUCUGAAAUGUGACCUCCAGAUAAGUCUUACACCAUUCGUUAUUCAUUCACCAGGCAUGUCCUGGGCCAAGGUUAGGCAUAUAUGGGCCUUUAAAUGCAUGCUGACUUGGUAGUUAAACAGAAAAGUACUUGAGAAAUGCUUAAGAAGGGUUAGGGUUUACUUUUUAAAAUUAAUCUGAAAUCUUCAAAAUAAGACCCCACUGAGGGAAUUUCCCGGCGGUCCCAGUGGUUAAGACUCGGUGCUUUCACUGCUGUAGGCCCAGGUUCGAUCGUGGUCGGGGAACUAAGAUCCCACAAGCAGCGAGGCCAAAAAAAAAAAAAAAAAAAAAGACCCCAAUGAUAAUGGUGAGAUUCAGCUUCAAACAAACUGCGGUUCUGUUUGCUCGAAUUUCCUAGUUCUGUGGUACCUGCGGGCACUUUAAGAUGGUGAAAAUUAUUUCUUUUGUAAACCAAAUAAAUUUACCUGUGUUGCUCUUUUCUGAAAUCUUUUGAAAUUUAGCAUCAAAUCACAUCUUACUUUAACUUGCCCAGCGUAUUAUUUGGGCACCAGCAGAAUUUUAGUGUAUGGGGACAGAGUCAUAUAAAAGAAGGUAACCUUAAGUAUGGCUCUGUUUUGUAAAAUAGCUCAUAUAAACAUUGUUAUUUUUUUAAAAGAUUUUUUUUUGAUGUGGACCAUUUUUAAAGUCUUUAUUGAAUUUGUUACAGUAUUGCUUCUGUUUUAUAUUUUGGUUUUUUGGCCGAGAGGCAUGUGGGAUCUGAGCUCCCUGAGCAGGGAUCAAGUCCGCAGGCCUGCGAUGGAAGGCUAGAAGGCGAGGCUCCCCCGCUGGCCCGCCAGAGGUCCCGUGGUAACCUUACAGCAAAUAUGAAGCCUGAUGAAACGCCUAUGUUUGACCCAAGUCUACUCAAAGAAGUGGACUGGAGUCAGAAUACAGCUACAUUUUCUCCAGCCAUUUCCCCAACCCAUCCUGGAGAAGGUUUGGUUUUGAGGCCUCUUUGUACUGCUGAUUUAAAUAGAGGUUUUUUUAAAGUACUAGGUCAGCUGACAGAGACUGGAGUUGUCAGCCCGGAACAAUUUAUGAAAUCUUUUGAGCACAUGAAGAAAUCUGGGGAUUAUUAUGUUACGGUUGUGGAAGAUGUCACUUUAGGACAGAUAGUUGCUACAGCAACUCUGAUAAUAGAACAUAAAUUCAUCCAUUCCUGUGCUAAGAGAGGAAGAGUGGAAGACGUUGUUGUUAGUGAUGAAUGCAGAGGGAAGCAGCUUGGCAAACUGUUAUUAUCAACCCUUACUUUGCUAAGCAAGAAACUGAACUGUUAUAAGAUUACCCUUGAAUGUCUACCACAAAACGUUGGUUUCUAUAAAAAGUUUGGAUAUGCAGUAUCUGAAGAAAACUACAUGUGUCGGAGGUUUCUAAAGUAAAACCUUUUAAGAAAGACAUCUGUCAAAGGAGCUGAUGCAACAAGACUAUACUCUCUUCCUAGAGUUAAAACAUUUUGUUGCUGCAACCCAGUGACCUCCAUAAAUACUGGACUGAAAAAAAUUAUAAUAGAAGUAUAAUGACAUUUAGAAGAUUACUUUUGGGCUGGUGGGACAUGGUGAGUUUAGAUUACAAAUGAAAUUAUUAAGGGGAUGAUUUUUAA